AUGGCUCAAUUGCGUAAUUGUGAAGAGGAAGAAGUCGACGAGGUGGAGGAGGAGAAAAACGAGAAACGGAGAGCAGUGCAAAAAGCCAAGGCAAAAGUCAAGUCAGGGAGCUGCGUUGCCAACGUCACCAGAUGGCCACAGGCUUGCUACGUACACAUCCCCGAGCGAGGCGGCUUGACGCCGUCUGGUGCGCCAAGUUGUCAGUUUUGCGGACUGCAGGACGCCGUCUUGGCUAGGGACUGGUGCGAAAAGUCCGGCCGCCGUCGCCGUGAUCCGUUCAUGGUGCAAGGCUGCAAGCCCGGUCUGGUCGCAUCGCCGCCAGCAACUUGUUGUGGCUCCUCAGUCAAAAGCUGGCAAACACGUCUCCACGGUUUUCACCGUCUCAAGUCAACCCAACAUCAUUCAGCGUUGUAA